UUCAAGACUAAACUUCUUCUAACAGGGAGGCGGAGAGAGGAAAGGGAGGGACAACAAGAAAAAAAAAACCUGCAUGUCAAGUCCUGAGGAAAUGCUUUAGGGACUACAGCCAGACUUUUUUUUUCUCUGGUAUGUUUGUUUUCUCCCCUCACAUAACAGAGAGGAAGGAAAGGAAGAAAGAGAAGUAACUAAUUCAAAUGUGCCUCACUCGGUUGUGGCUGGGGCUAAGGGAUUUGGUUUGGAGGAUCUAAUUUCUGGUCAGUGGCAGCAAAAGGAACAGGAAAGGCAGGCAGAGACAGACACACGGACAUGUCCAUCUCAGCAGCAGGCUGUUGGCUGGUUCUCUGCCUUUUCAUCGCUGACAAACAGUUAUCACUACAAAUCUCUCCCGCCUGUGAGAGUGAGCAACACUAUGAGUUUUCUGGACGGUGCUGCACAAAGUGUGAGCCAGGAAAGUACAUGUCUGCCAAAUGCACUGCCACUUCUGAGACUGUGUGCCAGCCUUGUGGCCCAAACGAAUAUAUGGAUGUCUGGAAUGAAGAAGACAAAUGUUUACUACACAAAAUAUGUGAUGAGGGGAGAGGUUUAAUAGAAGUGAAUUCAGGAAAUAGAACGUUCCAGCGACAAUGUGCAUGUACACUAGGAUACCACUGUAACGAAGACUGUGAUUUCUGUCUGCGAAAUACAAAAUGUGCUCCAGGGUUUGGCGUUCAGCAUCCUGGGCAACGAGACAAGGAUACUGUGUGUGCACCAUGCCGCUGGGGGUACUUCUCAGACAUCUCUUCAUCCACUGAUGAGUGUAAAUCCUGGACCAACUGCACAGCUCUGGGAACUGCAGAAGGAGUUCCUGGGACUGAUCGGUCAGAUGCAGUUUGUGUGGAGCCUACAAUGUCUGUACAACCACAAGAUGAAACAAACAAGAUCUUGUAUAUUCUGAGUGUUCCAGUCCUCUUUGUGAUAUUAACCAGCAUUAUCAUACUUAUUAUAUAUUACAAAAAUAAGGGGAAAGCACUGACAGCUGACCUACAGCACUGGGCUAAUGAAGUAUGCAGCCAAAUAAAAGGGACGAAGGAAUCUCCCAGAGAGCCAUUUGUUAAUACAAACAUGGUGAACGCUGCAAGUCCUCAGCCUUCUGAAGGAAUAUAUUUGCUAGCCCUUGAUGACUGUAUUUUUUCUGAAGACAUGGGUUGCCCAAAGGGGCACACUCUCUAUGGGAAAAGCAGCCCAGAUAUAAUCCACUAUGAAUUGAGAGAGAACAUCCCAACAUUGUCUUUAGCAACAGAAUCUGAGGAUGACCACUUCAGGCAGAUUCCCAUGGAAGAUGAAUAUGUAGAUAGAGCUCCCCAUGCCCAUGGUUAUUUACCUUUACUGAGUCGGCCUGACAGUAAAUCCGUGUCACCAUUUUCAGAGCCGCUGGAGGUGGGGGAGAAUGAUAGCUUAAGUCAGUGCUUCACAGGAACUGAGAGCAUGGUGGAUUUAACAGGCUGCUAUAGCUCUGAUCCUUCAUGCAGCCUGGACUGCAUCCAUGUCUCCUCAGACAAAUACCUACAGAAAUCUUGCCAUUGCACCUGUAGUCAUAUGAAGGAGACUGAGAGAAAGGACAGAGAUCACUUCCCAGUGAACCCUGAGUCAGUGAACAACUGCUUGGGCUGCGGGGUUUCAUCUAGGGAAUCUCCUAGGAAGUGGAGCGAACCCCUUUGUGCAGCAGUUGACCAAAGCACAGCCUCACCGGAAAAUGGACUUUAUCCACAGUGCACCUGUGGCUUGGACUUUCCCUCUGCAGGUCAGAGUACUUUAGCAAGCAAUCCUGGCAUUGAAGAUACUCCCUCUGAAGGUGCUGGCACAAAGUACCAGAAAACAAACGGAAGCACUUCUGGGGCAAAUUGUAGCACUUCAGAACUCCCACAAGCAUCAGGAAAUGUGACUGGAAACAGUAACUCUACAUUUAUAUCAAGUGGGCAAGUAAUGAAUUUUAAGGGCGAUAUAAUUGUUGUCUAUGUUAGUCAAAACUCCCAAGAGGGGACAACAGCUACUGGAACAGCUGAUGAGAAUGUGGGGAGUCCAGUGCAAGAGGAAAACCUGAACCGCUGCGAGACUUUUGCAGGCAACACCCAACAAUACAAAGAAAAAUAUGCUGAUGCUAAUCCAGCCUGCCCUGCAGAGAACGAAGGACUAAAUAGCACGGGGGAAUAUGAGAGAAGGCUUGGGCCUGUGGUUCAAGAAGAGAACCAAGACAGCCAGAACAGGAAGUGCUGCCACAGUGGGGCCUUUCAACCUGUGCAAGAGGAGGGAAAGCCAGGACAAUUUUCAGAGAAAGCAUUGCACUGAUGGGAAUCAACGGCUGUUUGCUCACUCUUAGUAUUUGACUGAAAUACCAUUAAUUCUGAGGGACUGUAUAGCAGCCAAUGAAUGACAUUAAUGGUCUGCACAGUUGUGUUAGCUGCUCGGAGGCCAGGUUGCCAUGACUGGUUCAUUAGAUCUGAGACCUUUAUUAUACCUGGUGUCUCUUGGGCACUUCAUCAAAUGGAACCGACAAUUCCACGGUAAAUGCCUGUGAUGCUAUCACUGUGGAAAUUAUUAGUGGAGACAGACACAAGUGUAAAGCUGCUAUCAUUGCAGAAAUAUCUGAUUGGAAGGAAAUCUACUUCCCCACAAUUGUACAGGUUGUUCAA